AUGGCGGAACCUGUAGAACCUCCCCCUUUAUUCGAAAAUAUCGAUAUACUGGCACAAAGUAAAGACGACGACGAUCUUUUUGUAUCCGCUCAUCAAGAUUCCGUUCAAGAUGAACUCGAGCCGACAGUUCCGCCCAGGUUAGCUGUUUCUGAUCUUAAAGAAGAACUGGAAAAUAUUCCUAUUAACAACCACUCUAGCUUGUCACCAAGUAUGGAGCAGGUAAGCCCACAAGAAGAGAUGGAAAAGGAAGAUGAAUUUUUGGACAUUAGCAUUACUGAACCUCAGAAAAUAGGUGAUGGUAUGGGAGCUUAUAUGGCUUACAGAGUAACAACAAAAACAAAUAUGCCAAUGUUUAAGAAAAAAGAAUUUGCUGUCUCCAGGAGAUUUAGUGAUUUUCUUGGUCUUCAUGAUAAACUAACUGAGAAGUAUUUGAAAGUUGGUAGGAUUAUUCCUCCUGCACCAGAAAAGAGUGUUAUUGGUAUGACCAAAAUAAAGAUGUCAAGUCAAGAUGGUCCUACAACUAACGGGAACGAUUUCGUCGAAAGAAGAAGGGCUUCUCUAGAACGAUAUCUUAAGAGAACCGCUCAGCAUCCCGUCCUAGUUUUAGAUCCAGAUUUUCGAGAUUUUCUUGAAUCAGAUAUUGAGUUACCAAAAGCAACAAGUACAUCCGCUCUGAGUAGUGCUGGUGUCAUGAGGUUAUUUAAUAAAGUAGGAGAAACAGUUAACAAAAUAACAUAUAAAAUGGAUGAAACUGAUCCUUGGUUCGAAGAGAAGUUAAAUCAUGUAGAAGCACUUGAAAUGCAGUUGAGAAAACUUCAUGCUAGCGUCGAAGCAAUGGUGUCUUACAGAAAAGAGCUAGCCAAUCUAACUAAUGGUGUCUCCAGAUCCGCUGCUAUGUUGAGUGCUUGUGAAGAUCAUAAUUCUCUUUCUAGAGCUCUGUCUCAGCUGGCUGAUACAGAAGAGAAGGUUGAAGCCCUUCACAUAGAACAAGCCAAUACGGAUUUCUUUAUAUUUUGCGAAUUACUCAAAGAUUAUUUGGGUUUAUUGGGUGCAGUAAGGGAUGCCUUCCACGAGAGAACUAAGUUGUUCCAACAUUGGCAGCACGCUCAGCAAAUGUUGGCCAAAAAGAGAGAAAACAAAGCAAAGGUGAAAAUUGCAGGCGGAAAUGAUAAAGCGGAGCAAACUAAUUCAGAACUUGUCGAGUGGGAGUCCAAAGUCGAAAGAGGACAGGAGAACUUCGAUAGAAUAUCUCAAAUGAUAAAGAAAGAAAUGGAAAGGUUCGAGAAGUGCAGAGUCCAAGAAUUUAAAACUAUGUUUAUCAAGUAUUUAGAGAACCAUAUGGAACACCAAGCACAGCUUGUGAAGUACUGGGAGGCAUUUUUACCAGAAGCGAAAGCGAUUGCCUGA